GCAUUGUGCAAUACAAGUAAUUAGACAUACUCUUUGCAAUUAAACCAUAUAAUACACUCAAAACACCAAUAUUCUGAGUCUUAGUCCACUAAAAUCAUAGGAAAAGGAAGAGUCAAGAUCUUAUGAUGCAAAGUACCAUCCCAACAAAGUAAUGAGCAGUUAAUUGAACUCUAUAGGGAUAGAAGGGUUGAUUGAUUUCUCACUACAAAGAAAAAAGGCUGAGGAUAUGAAUAGAUAGAAUCCAGUCCAAAAUCUAAGGAAGCCAGUGGAGGAAAAAAGAUCCUAUAAAUUAUGAAGUAGUUGAAUUAGUCCCUGCUGGUAUUGGAUGGUGUUACUUUAUCAUACAAAGGAUGAUGACAAGUAACACAAAGUCAAGUUAAACUACAAUUAAGAUACUCAAUUUUAACCUAUAAGUGUAUUACUACUAUCCAAAAUUAAAAUCAGUUGACUUAUUGGCUUUACCCUUUGUCCGGCCCUGUCUACAAGUGCAUCACUAUCUUUGUGUAGCAAUUAAAAGUUUAUACUCUAUUUAUUUAAGAUGAAAAAGAGCAGGUAGAUUCUGAUAAAGAAUGGAUGUUUCAAGGUCAGGCUCAUAUCUACAAGCAUGCCUUCAGUUUUGCAAAUUCCAUGGUUCUUGGUUGUGCAAUUCAAUUAGGCAUACCAGAUGUUAUUCAUAGUCAUAAGCAGCCAAUGACUCUGUCUCAACUUGUUUCUGAGCUGAAACUACCUCCUGCAAAAUCAGAUGCAAUUCAUCGAUUGAUGCGCCUAUUGGUAUACUCUGGAUUCUUUGCUACUACAAAUACAAUAUUGCUUGAUGAAAAUCAGCAAGGGUAUAUUCUUACACCUUCUUCUAAGCUGCUUUUGAAGAGUGAGAUCCCAAAUUUGUCACCUUAUGUUAGAGCAAUUGUUGAUCCUGUUUCGGUGAAUCCAUGGCAAUCUUUGGGGGAUUGGUUUCUUCUAGGAAAUGAAACCACCCCGUUUGAGACAGCACAUGGUGCACCCAUGUGGGAAUUCUUUCACCAAAAUCCAAGAUUCAACAAUGUUUUCAAUGAAGCAAUGGCUAGUGAUUCUCAAAUGAUGUGUUUGGUUGUUAAGGACUGCAAAGAAGUUUUUCAAGACAUGGAUUCCUUGGUUGAUGUUGGAGGUGGCACUGGAAUUAUAGCUAACACUAUUUUAGCUGCAUUUCCUCAUCUAAAAUGCACUGUGUUGGACCUCCCUCAUGUUGUUGCUAACAUGUCAGACACACAUAAUUUGAAAUAUGUAGGAGGUGACAUGUUUCAUUCAAUUCCCUCUGCUGAUGCAAUUUUGUUUAAGCAUGUGUUGCAUAAUUGGAGUGAUGAGGAUUGUGUGAAGAUACUAAAGAGAUGUAGAGAAGCCAUCGAGGAUAAAAAUGAAGGAAGAAAAGGGAAGGUUCUUAUCAUUGACAUGGUAUUGGAUAGAGAUGAAGAAGAAGCAAAUAUGACUGAAGUGAAGCUCAUAUUUGAUGUAGCAAUGAUGGUUGUAGCUACUGGAAGGCAGAGAACUGAGAAAGAAUGGGAAAAGCUAUUCAUUGAGGCUGGCUUUAUGAGCUACAAAAUUACACCUCUCUUUGGCCUAAGGUCCCUCAUUCAAGUUUUUCCUUAAAAUAU